AUGGAUACGACUGUUGACUUCAGUCCCUACCGCGCCGAUGGCAAGCUUUAUGGCUUCGUCUGCGUUGUCACAGGAGCCGCUCAGCCUGUUGGACGGGCUAUCAUCGAAGAGCUGGCAGCUCAUGGGGCCGCUUCUAUAUAUGCAUGCGACAAGACGGCCAGUGAUGAGACGUUCAAGCCUCUCGUCACCAAGGUGCACCAAGAGCACCCCAACACCAAGAUUAUUCCCUAUCCAUUCAACGUUGCCAAAGAAGAAGAGACUCUGGUUCUCAUUGACGAGCUUCUCAAUGCCUUUGGGCGCCUCGACAUUUGGGUGUCAUCCGCAGGCCUGCUCGGGCCCCCGUCCAUCAACGAAACGACACCAGCCGACCUCCAGCGGUGUUUCGAGGCACAUUCCAUGGCGCCCUUCUUCGCGCUCAAGUAUGCGCCUCCCGCCAUGGCCAAACUGACGGAGAAGCAAUCGUACCCGAACGCGGCGCCAAAGAGCCAAAAGUACGGCAGCAUCAUCGUCAUCAGCAGCGUGGCAUCGACGUAUGGCGGGUGCUGGGGGCCGUGCUACACGAUGGCGGCCCACGCCGCGCUUGGUGUCGUGAAAGCCGGCGUUGCUGUGCUCAAAGGUUCGGGGGUGAGGAUCAACUGCAUUUCUCCGGGCCAGAUCGACGUUGGCCUAGAUUUGAACGGGGUGAGAGUGCUCUGCUUCCCCAAGCUGAGCAGAACGGUACUGAUCAGUGUUGCCAUACAGGUCGAUAUGAAGGGAAUGAACUCCCAGUUCCCGCCUGCGGUCUUGCAAGGAAAGGAAGCAUCGGAAGCAAGCGUGGGCCUCGAGCGACCAGGUAGCCCUCAAGAAGUAGCUCGAGUAGCCGGAUUCCUAGCUUCGGGCUUCAGCUCCUAUAUCACGGGAGCAAACCUGGUGGUCGACGGCGGCUCUUCUGCCAUGAACCCGCUUACGAUACCCCUCGGCAAGGCUGGUUGCAGAACGGCGAGGCCCCAACUAGGCAGGAAGUUUGGAGGCGGAAACGGACGUCUGCGACGGUUGGGAGAGGACGGGAGGGUUCAUGGCAAACGGCCGGGGGGCGCUUUUGGCACCCGGACCCCCCAUAAAUGGAGCAUGCCAGUAGCUCUCACAGAGGGCGUUCCCACCGAUCAUAGAUUCGUCUCAUACAUCACGUCCGCUUCCUCAUCUCUCAACCUCAUCAUAUCACUCCCUUUCCCACACAUAUCUUUGCUCUCACCUAAGAUCAAUAUGGGCUUCACACCAGAGGUUUUCGAUAUCGCCAAUGAGUCUCAGACGGCCGAGACAGCCAAAAAGUACGGACUUACUCCAGCCGAGGUGACUGAGCUUCACCAAAAGGCAACGGCAGCAAAGGCGACGGCGUACUGCCCUUACAGUCAGUUCCGCGUAGGAGCCACACUAUUGUCUAAAGAUGGACAGUACACAUCUGGAGCAAACGUUGAGAAUGCCUCUUAUCCGGUUGGCACGUGUGCCGAACGAGUAGCCUUUGGCAAGGCCAUCACAGAGGGCAUCCGGGGUUUCAAAGCUGUCGCCGUAGCCACCGAUAUUGAGGCUCCGUGUAGCCCGUGUGGCAUGUGCCGGCAGUUGCGACCCUUGACUGACAUUUCUUUUGUUAGCAUCCGUGAGUUCGUGGACCUGGAAACGCCCAUCCUCAUGUUCAACAAGGACGGAAAGUAUGCAGUCAUGAGACUGGAAGCCCUUCUCCCGCUGUCGUUUGGCCCUGAGUACCUCCCACCACCAGACGUGAGAACCUACGAGCUCAUGCGCUCAUCAGCGAUAAAUCAUUGGCGCAAGCUGGUAUGGGGUGAUUUGGCGUUGAGAUUGGGUAAGGAAAGGGAAAGCAUGCUUGGCCGGGGUGAUGAGGACAAAUAUCAAGCAAUGUCCGGACGUCUUGCGGAUUCAACAAGACUUUACGACGGGUGCAAGCCAACGAUGACUGCGAACACUCUGGCCCAAAUAUUCAUAGCAGACAUACCUUCAAAGAACUAUGCUCUGUACAUGAUCUACCGCCAUGUGGUUGGCAGCGCCUACUCUUACCGCCUUCGCAAUGAGACUCCUCAGAUGUACUGCCAAAGCAGCCCCGUAUUAAUGGACAGGGGCAGUUUCCCCAUCUCACGCCCCCUUGGCAAGGGCCUGAAAGGGGAGGGUGGUUCCCAGGGGUGGUCCCCUCCCCGACACCUCAGACGGUCCUUUGACAGGACGGAGGAGAAAGGGAGGAAGGGAAAGGCCGGAAGGGCCAGGGCAAGGAGGGGAGGGGAGGGAGAUUCUGCUGUCUAUCCCGCACACAACUCGAAACCCUCAUCGGCCGGGCCACAAAAAAUUGUCGUCUGCGCGCCGAUGCACUGCACCGGUGUCUCCGGGUUGCUCAACGAAAAAAACAUCAUGUUCGCCAUGUCGAGUAAUGACUUUGGUGGUGACGGGGUCUUGCAAAUCCCCCACCAAAAUUUUGGCAGCACUGACAUUCAGGUUCUCUCGCUGAGCCUAAGAAUGGCCUCUGCCUCAGGCGCUGAGCACGGACCUACUGGUGCGGAACUUACGCCCUCUAUAGGGGGCCAAAUUUGCGCUUGCUUUCGCCUUCGGGCAUUUGGUCAAUUUGAAACGAUACAGAGAAGAUUAGCAUGGCCCCUGCACUAA